AUGCAUCCCCUCGCUACCGUCUCCGUGUGCCUAGCCAUCAUACUCACUGCCAUUGCCGCCGGAAAACCCCCCAAUAUUGAGACUGCCACUCUCAUUGUUGAUCCUCCUGCCGGCGUGGCCGCGACACCCACCACCGCACAAGAACCCAAUCUCAUCAGCGCGAACAUGGCGCCCAUCUUGUCUGAUACGCUAGAGCCGCACACUCCACCUUCCAACGCCUGCGGCCAAGCCGUGCAAAUGAGCUUCUUCGGCAGCACCUGGAUCCUGUCCAACGCGUGCCAUCCGUUUACCAAGAAAGGCGACAUUGCCGCGCUCGUGGUCGAGUUCAUCAACGAGGGUUACACGAACCGCAAGAGUUGCGCGUUCGGUCUGUAA